AUGUUUAACUUAUUAUUUUUAACUAACAAUAAAAUUCUAAGAAGCUAUUUAACAAAUUCAUUUUAUAUAAACUGUGUUAAUAAAAAUAAUUCUAUUGUUUCAACUAUAAAUCCAGAUGUGUCAGAAAAUCCAGAAAUAACUGAUGAAAGUAUUUUACGUGUAAAUAGCCAAGAUCCUUUUCCUAAUGUAUUUUUAAAAACAUGUUUAAAAUCAGAAUUUAAAGAAGAAUCUAUUGUUGAAUCAGUAAGUAUAGAAAUAUCUCAAUCAAAUUCACUAAAAUAUUUAAUUAUUAAUAAUUCGGAUGAUAAAAAAAUAACAUUUAUCAAAUACAAUAAUACUGAAUAUUAUUAUCCGUUAAUAAGUUUAAUAGAUGCUGGAAUAAAUAUGAAAAAUCAUUAUAUUUUUUGGCUUAAGCAAGACAAUUUAACCCCUUGUAAUCAUAUUCCACUAUUAAUUCAAAAUUUUAAAAGUUAUUUAAUGUUAAUUCAAAAUAUAAUUAAUGAAAAAAGUAGUCGUAAAUUUCUAGAUUAUUAUAUAAUAUUGAAAAAUUCUGAAAAAAACUUAGAUGUUCUAAAACCUUUUAAAUUAGUGCACUGCUUAUUUAAACUACAUGUGUGUUUUUUACUAAAGAAUUUUUAUUUUUCUCGAUUAAAAGAAUUAUCUUCUAAGUUUUAUGAUUCUGUUAGGUUUAAUAUUCAAUUUAAUUAUAAAAAAAAUACAAACUUAUUUUUAGCAGAUAUUUCAUUAUUAGAUUCAUAUUUUAAAAAUGAAGGUAUAAAAGAAAAAUAUGAAUUUAUAACAAAAGAAUUUGAAAAUUUUUUUAAUGAAUUGGUAUUUAUUGCAAAAUAUUCUUUUUACCCAUGUGACUUUAAAAAGUAUGGCUUUAAAUAUUACAAAGAUCAUGAACAGAUUGAUUUAUCAUUUAAAUCGUUUUAUGAGGAUUUUAUUGAAAAAAUAUCGGGUAAAACACAAAGUUUCUUUAAUUUUACUAUAAAUUCAGGAGAUCAAGAUCAAAAUGACAUCCCAAAUAAUGUGAUAAUUAAUAUUGUUAGUUUAAAACAUGAAUUUUAUUUUAUAAACAAAAUCCUAGAUUUUUUUAUGUUUUGCCCUGAUAGUUGUAUUCAAUAUAUUUACGACUAUAGGGACAUUGAAACAAUCGAUAAUUAA